UUGUACCAAAUUGUGCUGACGACGACAACAACCACUGGUUCAGUCAUUUUGUCGAACAAGAAUGAGAAUUCAAAGCCUCCGAGCCACUACGACCUUGUCGAGCGUCCAUUCGAGCUCUGCAAUCUACAAUGUCAACAACAACAACAACAAUCAGCAAAAGUUUUUCGGAACUGUGUCUUCAUCAAUCUCCAGAACUCGAGGGCUGUGUAUCCGAUGCGGAGUUCGAUUUAGGCCUUGUAUUGACAUACACAAGGGGAAAGUUAAGCAAAUUGUGGGGUCUACCAUUCAGGAUUUGAAGGAGAGUGGUUCAACUCCGGUAACCAAUUUUGAAUCAGAUAAGUCAGCGGCAGUGUAUGCAAACCUAUACAAAGAAGAUGGGCUUAUAGGUGGUCAUGUAAUUAUGAUUGGAGCUGAUCCUGUAAGCAAAUCUGCAGCCAUUGAAGCACUGCAUGCCUAUCCUGGUGGUUUGCAAGUCGGAGGUGGGAUCAAUCCAGACAACGCUUUAAGUUACAUAGAAGAAGGAGCCAGCCAUGUCAUUAUCACAUCGUAUGUAUUCAACAAUGGCCAAAUGGACCUUCAGAGGCUUAAAGAACUUGUUUGUGUUGUUGGAAGACAGAGGCUCGUGUUGGAUCUUAGUUGCAGAAAGAAGGAAGGAAAAUAUGCAAUUGUCACCGACAGGUGGCAGAAAUUCACUGAUGUAUGUCUUGAUCAAAAGAUAUUGGAUUUUCUUGCAAUAUAUGCCGAUGAGUUUCUUGUCCAUGGCGUUGAUGUUGAAGGGAAAAAGCUAGGAAUUGAUGAAGAGCUUGUGACGUUGCUUGGCAGGCAUUCACCUAUUCCAGUGACUUAUGCGGGUGGUGUCACAGUAAUGGCUGAUUUAGAGAAGAUAAAAUCUGCAGGGAUGGAGAAUGUGGAUGUCACUGUGGGUAGUGCUUUGGAUAUUUUUGGGGGCAAUUUGGCAUACAAAGAUGUUGUUGCUUGGCAUGGCCAGCAGAAGGCUUUGGCAGUUUAGUUCGCCCACCUUUCUUUUUGUAUGUUUUCUUCAAUUUGAAUUCAUGUUGGUUUACAUUUGGAUUUGUCUAUGCAUUGAAGGAUUGAAUUUGAAUUUUUCUGUGUUUAACUUAAACCUUUUGCCAAAGUAGUACAAUGUUUUUGGGUGCAACAUUAAUUCUAUGGAUGAUAGCUCAUAUUGAAGUAA